AUGAAUUUCUCUGAUAAGGUAGUUAUAGUGACCGGUGCCAGCUCCGGUAUAGGAGCAGCUACAGCGGUGUUGUUCAGCAAAGAAAAGGCCAACGUUGUUAUAGUAGGAAGAAAUGAAGCUAAACUGAAAACAGUGACGGCGCAAUGUGAAGAAGUUGGCAACAAGCCGCUAGUGAUCAGAGCUGAUGUUUCCGAUGACGAUGAGGCAGCGAGAAUCAUUAAUGAGACCAUCGAGAAGUAUGGAAAACUUGACAUCUUAGUCAACAACGCUGGAUUCGUUCGUACAGGGACCAUUGUCGAUAACAAAGUUCUUCAAAAUUUUGACGAAAUGGUCAAAACUAAUCUUCGAGCUGUGAUCAACCUGACGCAACUGGCUACACCUUAUCUAAUUAAAACCAAGGGUAAUAUUGUUAACAUAUCGAGCGUAGCGGGUAUGAGAGUACUAAGUGGAAAUGGUUUCGCGGCUUAUGGCAUGACUAAGGCUGCUUUGAAUUAUUUCUCUGAAGCCUCUGCUAAGGAGCUUGCGAGUUAUGGCAUUCGUGUCAACGUCAUUUGUCCAGGACCCGUUCUUACGGAUAUUUUUGAGAAUUCAGAUAUAAACAUGGAGGAGUUAAAAGAUGUGAAAAUGCCGACGAUUUCCAAUAGGGUAUCUACUUCCGAAGAAAUUGGGCAUUUAGUUUUGUAUAUGGCGAGUGAAAAAGCUGUAGGCGUGACUGGAUCGAAUUUUGUUCUUGAUAACGGCCUCUUAGUUCUGAAUUAA